AGACGCAGGUGGAGGGUACAUCUUCCGGACUGCCAGUGUUCAAGUGCUUUUCUAUACACACAUCCGAAUUGCGUGCACGCACGCACGCGUCAUGUCUGUACACAGCGUGCAAGAGCUACAAGCGUUGGAAGAAGCUGCAUGGGCAUCACCACACCGCCGCGAGCUCUACUCCACGCGUCACGUCGUUGGCUUUCCUUGGCACACGGUCGAGGAGAACAACGACCCCGCUGUCUCAGCCGACUCAACUUCGGCGGUGGUGCGCCGACACGUUAUACCCUACGACUACCCCUUCACGGUCUUUGUAAAAGGACGCUGGGUGGGCCGUAAGUUGCUGGACGUGUACGCCGAGGAACUCCCCCAUCACACCGCGGCCUACUACGAGUCGUGCCUUCGCACAGGCCGCCUGUACUGUGUGUCGCGUGCCGCGUUGGGGCGGCAUAACACGCAGCGGAAACUGCUGAAGCGAUCAUCUGCCGCAACUUCGAAUGCUUCUUUGGCAUGCAGUACCACACCAGUGGAAAUAGACAAGCAGAUUUCCCCGCAUCGGGGUACUCUGAACACAUCGGAUCUCCCCACUCCUUCAUCUUCUUCCUCUGCACAGGAGACACCGCUAGAAGUGCUAAACGUGGUGCUGCAACACGGCGACGUUGUGUACCACACCGUGCAUCGCCACGAGGUGCCCGUCACUAUCGGCGCAUCCGGCGUUGAUCCCGUGUGCAUCACAGCUGUUCGCAUUGCACGAUACGGAUUGAUAUGUGUUAAUAAACCAACGGGUCUGCCGACGCAUGCAACAGGGCGGUACAUGUACAACUCGCUGACGGCGUUGCUGGAGUAUGUCCUGGCCCCGAAGCGCCUGCACGCCUGGCUCCUUACGGAAGACCCUUUGCUACAGUCUCUCGUGUGUACAGCAAGUCUUUCCUCGAGCGAGAAGCAGGAGCUAUAUGCGUACUACGAGGGUCCAUCGACGACGAGUGCCUCGAAGAAAAAAGGUGAUGUAACGGGGGAAGCGGAACGCGAAAUGAGUGAAGUGAAUCCCAGCAAACUCCCCCGACCCUGCCAUCGACUUGAUAAGGUGACGUCCGGUGUGCUGCUGCUCGCCGUGCGGCAGGCGGCGGCGAAGCAGAUCGGCACCGCUCUCAUGCGGAAAGCGAAGGAGGUGGACGACGCCGUCACGGCGGAGUUGAUGAAGGCUAGCCUGAGGGAUAGUGUUGAGGUCGAUUCCAGCCCUCUUCACCGCAAGGGCACCAGCUGCAAAGGUGACGGUAGCGACAUCACUAGAGCACCUGCCCUCGCUCUUCCGUUGUCGCUGCAGCGCAUUUUAGGCCGCACGUACGAGCUGCAAAAGCACUAUCUAGCGCGUGUAGUUGGGGUCCUUGAGAAUUCUAAUGAAGCGAAAGGAAAGGCUUCUACCGGCUCGAAGGGGGUGCCAGAAGCAGUAUGGUCGCUUUCUGGAACGGAGGACUGCCUUACGCAUCACAACGACUCUGUACGUGGCCUGUUAGCAUCCUCCGCCAGUAGCUGCGGUGUAGUCGGCCUCACCGCUGCCGCUGUUGUAGUGGCAGAUACAGAACUCCCAGAGCCGUAUUAUGUGUUUCCUGCGGCGCUGCUCACCACAGCGCCAAUCCCGGCGCACCACCGUCCUCCUGCGAAGGGGUCAAAUGAGGCGGAGCGAGAUCAAAGCGCGACGAACAGCCCUUUGGAGCACGACCACGAUUCCCGCGACGAUCAGCGGAACGUCGAUACCCAACGCUCACGCCCAUCGCGGACGGCGGAGCUCGCGGCGGCAACUCUCUGCCAGACUCUCUGCUCAGCAACACCUGCCAAGCCGGCCACCGCCGCAGGAAACCGUACAUCUCCGUCAGCACCUCCGCAGAUGUCGUCAUCUUCGUGCACGGAGUCGCUCGUGCUCUGCACCCCCUACACAGGUCGCUUACACCAAAUCCGGUACCACUUAAGCUCGCUUGGAUGCCCCAUCGCCGGCGACGUGGUGUACACGCCUGCCGCUCACGGGGAUGUGGCGGCGCCGACAGCAUCCGAUGAAGUGGAGCAAACACCUGCAAAGGAAGUGCGUCAUGGCUGGGUGCGCAAUGAACGCGACUACAUUUACUUUAACGCCGCCCACCUCCCCGUUGCGUAUCAACGCCUUUGCGACUCACUAAAAAGGCCUCAGGCUCCGCAAGAAGAAGAAGAGCACAACGUCGCAACGACAGUGCUCGGCAUCAAACGUGCCCGCGCAGACGUAGCCGGGGGGCCCAAUCCGCCAUCAUCCUUGGCGUGGCAGCAGGAGCCGCCGUGCUACGAAUGCGCCGGUCGGCUGCCCAUCGUGGCAACCAAAGAGUGCGCGACGGGGACGUCGGCCAUUUGUCUGCAUGCGUGGGCCUACGAUGUUCGAGAGUCCCUGCUGCUGCUGGGGAUGGAGAAGACAGACAACGAAACUGUCGGGAGUGAUGCGUCGCCGGCAGAUGUGCGUGAAGGGGUGUCUCAGCAGGCGGGUGGUGCUCGUGCGAUGGACGGCGGGUUUGUCCGCUUCGAAGCACCGCCGCCAGCGUGGGCCGUCUUUGGUCAGCACAACGCCGUGAAAUUGUGA